GUAACCCUCGGAUUUGAUGGUUUAACUGAAAACAGACGUGGAGUUUGUGCAGGAAGGAGUGUGGAGCUUAUAGCAUCAAUAAACCCGGAAUGAAACAUGGUAUGGAUUUCCAUUGUGACCUAUGGACUCAUUUUUCUUUGACCACGGAGCUACAGAGAUGUAUUUUGCUCUAAAAUGACGGCAUGACAUGUUUGCACCUCCCUGAAAACAGCCAAAGCUCGCUCAUCGAUCGCCCAGAGAGGCAACGUCAGAUUAGCUAGAAACCUGAUUUGAUCUGCCAGACACAAAUCCACCAAAACGCCUGAAAACAUGUCACCGAUCCCCGUCCUCCCUCUGGUGAUCAACGGCUUCAUGUCUGUGCUGGGUUGCCUGGCCACACUGAAGCUCAUUCCUGCUUUCAAAGAUCACUUCAUUUCAGCCAGAUUAUACGGAAUGGACCUAAACAAAACCACCAAAAAAGAAGUCCCUGAGUCUCAAGGAGUGAUCAGUGGGACGGUCUUCCUCAUCAUCCUCUUCUGCUUCAUCCCAGUGCCUUUCGUCACCUGCUUUGUAGGAGAUCAGUGCAUGGGCUUCCCACAUGACGAGUUUGUACAGCUGAUUGGUGCACUUCUGGCCAUCUGUUGCAUGAUCUUCCUGGGCUUUGCGGAUGAUGUGCUGAACCUGCGGUGGAGACACAAGCUCCUGCUUCCCACUAUGGCAUCCCUCCCUCUGCUCAUGGUCUAUUUCACCAACUUUGGCAACACGGUCAUUGUGGUGCCGAAGCCGUUCAGAUCCCUGCUUGGGCUGCACUUGGAUCUGGGUAUUCUCUACUAUGUCUACAUGGGAAUGCUUGCAGUUUUCUGCACGAAUGCCAUCAACAUCUUAGCAGGCAUCAACGGCAUCGAGUCAGGUCAAGCCCUGUUUAUCUCCGGCUCAAUCAUCAUCUUCAACCUGCUGGAGCUCAGUGGAGAUUUUCAUGAUGACCAUGUUUUCUCCCUCUACUUCAUGAUGCCAUUCUUCUUCACCACAUUAGCACUUUUUUACCACAACUGGUAUCCCUCAUCUGUGUUUGUGGGCGACACUUUCUGUUACUUUGCCGGGAUGACGUUUGCUGUGGUUGGCAUCCUGGGACACUUCAGCAAAACAAUGCUGCUGUUCUUCAUUCCUCAAGUGGUUAACUUUGUCUACUCUUUGCCUCAGCUUUUUCACAUAAUCCCCUGUCCCAGACACCGGCUCCCCAGACUGAAUCCAGAAACUGGCAAACUGGGGAUGAGCUACUCUAAAUUCAAAAUAAGGGACCUCUCUAAACUAGGACACCUCAUUCUAAAGGUGGUGGAGUUAUUGAAGCUGCUCGAGGUGCGGAGGGGCCACGAUGGAGACGGUGAUUUUAUUGAGUGCAACAACAUGACCUUAAUAAAUCUGGUGCUGAAAUUCUUCGGGCCCAUCCACGAGAGAAAUCUCACAGUCAUCAUGCUCAUCAUACAGGUAGAACAAAGUGCCUGCUGUAUACAUAUACGCUGGAAUUGCCUCAGUCAAGGGGUAAUGUUUGACUUAUUUCUGUGUCUCGCUCAGGUGAUGGGCAGUGCAGUGGCUUUUGGGAUCCGUUACCAUCUGGUGCGUCUGUUCUAUGACAUCUAGACACCCUGCCAGGAGAGAGGAGUGACUGCUGCCUGAGAAGAAACGAUGUUGUGGAGCUGUUUUACAGGGUCGUGGUUCAUCUGCCUUUAAUAGAUUACAUCUCCUCACUGUUAUUUUUCUGCCUCAGUCUAUACCUGCAGUAAAAACCCAGCGCAAGGUUUAAAUUAACAGUGUAUUUGACUUUGGUGAAUGAUUUUGUUUUCAUUCAUGAGCAUAAACGGCGAAUGGUCUGAUAUCAGGAGAAGCACUAUUUGGUAUUGUCUUGAAUUUCAGUAAUUACAGGCUUGAAAUUGUAACCGGGUCUUAAUUAUCUUGUGUGUCCACCCUAAAAGUAUAUUUUUGUACUUGCAUUUUUUUAAAGGAACGUGCAGUAAGUGAGGUAGACUUUGGAUCUCUGAAGCAGCCGACAUUAUUGGCUGAAUUGCUCUUGAAUUGUGACUGUUUGAUAUCAGAUUACUGAACCACAGAAGUCCUCUAAAAAAAAUGGGGGAGAAAAGUCAUAUAGUGAUGCAUUGCUUGAAUCUUAUGUUGAGUCAAAAUGGCUUCAGGAAAAUGUAGCCACUCACAUUUUCACUUUACAUCAUGACAGAUCUAUGCGAUGUGGGUUGGAAAGGAAAGAUCAGUUAGUAUUUUUAUUUUUUUUUAACCUCUGAACAAACGCACACGGAGUGGUUAUUGUGAAGAAAAGAAGAAAAAGAUUAGAAGGCUAUAAUCAGUCGGAAGACUAUCACGGGAAAAAUGGUAGAGACAGAUGAGUAGAGGGGAUAUUAGAUGGGAUAGUGUCUGGAGGAUUGUAGCUUAAAGUUUAUGAAGAGUGAUGGGUGUUCUGACCAAUGAGAGCUGAUUGUUUCUACCUUGUUAUUAUUGGAUACAGAAUUGUUUUUUUGUUUUUUUUUUGACAUGCAUUUUUUUCCCUCAAGGGCUCAGCAAACAAUGUGAAGACAACUGGCACUGGACUAUUUUGUUUAGGAAUGUAACUACAAGUGAUAAGCUGUUUACUGUUGAGAUUAAAGACGCAAAUGAUGAAAUAAAAGCUGGGAAAAUUCAAAUAUAA